AGUAAAAAUGUGGCUUGAGGAAAAUGAAGUGACAAAACAGAGUGGAAUAUACCGGUAAAUGCGAACAGGAGAGGGCUAAAUGCACUUCAUUUCAAGUGCUUUAGCUGGGAUCUGUAGAUUUAAUCGAGAAAAUGAAGAGAGGAAGGGGACGGCCACCUAAAAAUAAGGUUCAAAGCUCAAAUUCGCCAGAUGUCUCGAGUGCAAUCAACCAACAUGGCGGACACCGCAGUCCGCGUGUCUCUUCUUCUAUGGCCAUUAAAACUCGGGGUUAUAGCGGAACAACACCACGUAAAUACUACGGGAUGGAAUCUUCCGAUUCCGAUAGCGACAAUGAAUCUAUUUCUAGUCAUGGAUCUUCCAUUUCAAACACUACCAGCUCUAAAACUCGUUAUGUCGAGCCCUUGAAAGUGGUAACUCCUCUAAUUUUACCGCCGUCUUCUGACGAUCUAUUGCUCGAGCCAGAGUGUAUUUUGCAAGCGUUAGGGAUUUACGAGGUUUUAAGACAUUUUAGUCGCAUAGUACGACUCUCCCCCUUUAGAUUUGAAGACUUUUGCGGGGCAAUCCAAACUCCGGAACAAUCUUCGUUACUUGCACAAAUUCACAUCGCUCUACUACGCUUUUUGUUGUCUGAGGAUGAUGCGAGUGGCUUGACAUUCGUUGCUACCGACGAAAAAGACAGCUUCAACAUUCUCUCCUACUACUUAGGUGACUUUACUUGGCCUGAACUUAUUAGAAGCUACAUCUCGUCAGAUAAGACCGAAUUUGGAGACACAGUUACGGCUGUUAGUGGACAUGAUGAAGAUCCGUUCCCUUUUACAACAGUCGAGAACAGAUUGAAGGUUCUCCAGCGACUUUGUGAUCAAUUCUUGGCCUCUAAUUCAGUCAGAUACGACAUAAUGAAUGAAGGAAUAGUCGAAUCAGAGGAUCAUUGUCGCAAUUGCUGCAAAAUGGGCGAUUUACUGUGCUGUGAAAGUUGUCCUGCAGUUUACCAUCUUCACUGCCUGAAGCCGCCGUUAGAAGUGGUUCCCGAAGGCGAUUGGCUGUGUCCCGUAUGCGAGGCUCACCAAAUCAAAGGUGUCACGGACUGUUUACCUGAUUGGAACAGAGAAGGUUGGCUAAGAAACGCCCCUUUAGGGGUAGACAGGGAAGGAAGAAAGUACUGGUUCUUAGCCAGACGUUUGUUUGUGGAAGGUUGUGACGAGACACUGUACUACAGCUGCAAAGCUCACCUGGAUGAACUGUUGAGCUCUCUGGAAGAGGAUGGAAAGGAGAAAAGGCUAAUUUCUGUUCUUAGAAUCAAGUACAAAACCAUGGUGAAACACAUGGAAAUGACAGAAGCUCUUACAGAGGCUUCAAGAGGAAAUCUUCCCUCUGGUCUCACCAAAACAAGACCAAAACAGAUUAAAAUGAAAGAAGUAGAAAAGACAACUUCACCUGUAAAAGAGGAAAAAGACCAGGAGAAUGAUGGAGAGUUGGAAGUCUCAGAGGAAAAACUUGCUGCUGCGGAAUCACAACAACACACUGCAGAUCCAGUGGUGGACAGUGGGGUACCUUCAUCAUCAAAGCCUCUUCCAGCAUCAGCUAUCCUCACAUUCAUCCCAGACAAUGAAGUGAAAAAGAUUGUCACUAUGCCUCAGGUUGAAAAUAACAAUAGUCUUGAUGUGGAUAAACAGAUGGUGCUAAGGGAGAGAAGGACAACAGGCCAAGAAAGUCCUUUCACUCGGAAAAGGCCUACAUUGUCUUCCUUUGAAACAGAAGGAGAAGCUAAAAGUAUUGUACCUACAGGUGCUUGUCCGGAGGAAUCCAUGUCUGCUUCAAGUUCAGAUGAUAUUGAUACUGAUUUAGUGGAGGAAAAGGAACUUGUCAAACAAUCUUCAAUUAUGAUGUCAAUUGGUGAAGAAAAGGGUAGUUGGAAGGUGUCAGCUUCUGGUGAGUCCCUGAAAGAAACAAAAGAGCCAAUUGCUCCUGAAAGCACUGUGAAGAAGGAAGAAAAUAAGUCGUCUGGCUUAUCUGAAAAUAGCAUGUUGUCAGAAAGGACUUCUGGUGAUAAAAUGGAAGAAGAGAAAUGUCUGUUAAAGAACACAAUUUCUGAAUCGGAUGUCAAACCUAAGUUCAGCAAGAGCCAGAAAGAGAUAAUUUCACAAACUAAAACUGUUGGAAAGAGUGAGACUCCUUCAUCCUCUGCAGCAAAUGACAGCAAGACUCUGUCUGUUAGUCGUAAAUCAGUUGAGAAGGACACAAAGCCUGCCACAGUAUCCUCUGUUACUCACCCAACAAAGUCAAGUACUGCAGAUGAUGCAGUCACUGCUGUUCAACAAACUAAGCCAGAACCAGUAUUUAGGCUUGGCUCAGAAGCAAAUUACUCCUCCUAUGUCAAUCAGUUUACAAGUAAUCCCCUAGCUCUGACCAAACAACAGCAGUUGGAGCAGAGAGAUAAAAAGCGAAGCGUCACAAACAAAUUUAGCCUUGUUGACUAUAAGUGGCAUGGGGAUGUUAGUGGAAGUAAAGAUGUCAUUUUAAACACUUUGCGGUUUUCCAUAGUUGGGCUUGAAAAUUCCAUAGCUUCAACCUUCAUGCACCCUUCUUGGCCAGUGCAGCGUUCCACCUGGGUAAGAGCAGUUCAUUUGUCAAAGACACCUAAAGAAUUUGCUGCAGCUUUAUCUUUUCUGGAGAGCUCAAUACGACCAAUCUGUUAUCUACCUGUGUGGAAUGAUGCAGUUGGCCAUGUGGAGCUGCAUCGCAUGGUGUCUGAAGCCAAGCAGGCUGGAACAAAAAAGAAAGAUCAUAAGGAAGAAGAAGAAGAGCCUGAGCUAGAACAUAAAGGAUUCGUGAAUUACACAUGGGUGCCACACCACCAAAUUUGGAAACAAAAGGGUGAGGAGUACAGACUGUUUGGAGGAGGAGGCUGGGUGUGGACAAGUGGUUUACAGCUGCGGAAAAGGAAACGUCCAAAUAAUGAAAAGGACAGCUUUGUUAGCAAAAAACGAAGACUUUUGGACACUACAAAUAAAAUUGUAGCAUUUAAAGAAGCCAAAAGGAAGGAAGCAUUAAAAAAGGAAGCGGACAGGGUUGUUAGGGUCGCUGCACGAACAUCCUCUUCACAAGCUGAGCCUGUUUCAGUAGAGAAAACUACGAGAGCCCCUCAAAUAGUCACGACUAGUACAACAACCCUUGUUGCGGUACCAGCAGCACAAAUGCAAACUGCAGUUACCACGUCAUGUGCUACUUUAUUAAAAUCAACAGCACCUCAGACAGCUCAGUCUACUACAAUCACCACCGCGACAAAGCCAGCACAAAAUCUUGUUUCCGUUCAACGUGGAGCUUCUCUAACCUCUUCAACUCAAGGACCAAUAACAGCUCUUCGAAUGGUCCAACCUGUUACUACUGUUGCUUGUACAACGCCAGCAAAAACUCCUGUCACACUUCAAAAUGACGCCAUGUCAACGUCUUCAACAUCAGUUCAAUCAGCCGGUCCUCAAAAGGGCCAAGCUACAACAACAACUACUGUUACUCCAGUCACGGCUGAAAGUGGCGUCACAUCAACAUGCGCAACUUUAGCACAGCCAUCUGAGCAAAAUGUCUCGAAACAGACGUUGGCACCCUCUUUUCCUUCUCUCAAUACUUCUAGUACUUCAAUGCUCAAGGCUGCCGUGUCAUCUAAAAUGUCUCCUAAUCUUUCUAAAGUUGUUUCACAGACUGAUAGCCUUAAAAUUUCUUCUCAUCAACCAUCCGUUAGCCUGUUAUCAAUACGUGAACCAGUCUCUUCACCUACGUCAUCUGAAGAAACUACGAGUUCAUUGUCACAAGAAGCUUCCUCGUCUCUUCAAACUCCUUUCAGUAGUCUCACUCAUCCAUCGUCCACGCUGCCAUCAGAGAUGCCCUCUUCAGUUCUACAGACGAAUGGGCAGAUCCCCUCGAGUACAACCUCAUCCACUCCACUGGUUGUCUCAUGUAAUUCUCUCGAUCUUGCACAGUCUUUGUCAACCUCCUCGGCUCAAGGUUCUCAGACAAUCAAUUCCCCCAGUGAAUGUCCAACUCUACCACAGCCAUCAACCUCAACCAACCGUGUCUCCACUGAGGCAGCUGUUGAAGCGUCUCCAGUUCCACCUACUGCUAUACUAAGGGAUUCCUCCCCAAGUCUGGAUUCUUCACCUUCGCCAAGUGUUUUAAACAUAGCCGGGGACCAUGAUAAUCAUCAUCAAUCACUGGGAGACGAUCGUAAACCUAAUGCUUUAAUGCCGGAGAAAAUUACACAUUCUCAAGACCAUGUGACAAAUUCUACGAAACAGGAUAAUGCCUUGUCUAAUUUGGAGUCGCAAGGAAUUACCCAUGAAUCGUCUUGCUCUGUUAAAGAUUCAGACACAUUCUCGAAUAAAACUGGGCAUGGAAUGUCAGAUCAGGGUAGAACAGAAGAUAAGUUAUGUGCCUUUGAGAAUAAACCAGUUGAUACUACGCAAGGAACUGAAGUUUCAUCAACAGAUUCAGUAGAUGUUCCACAUGAACAGGAAUCCAUAGAUAUUGCAAGGGAGAACAUGCGAAAUGGGGCUGAAAAUUUGGCGGGCCAAAAAGGUGUACCUCUGAAAACGAUGGAUCACCAUUCCACGAAGGAAGUACAGAUGGAAGAUACUGUGGGACAAAUGCAGUCUCUUGAGGAUAGUGGGUCAGUCGAGGGUCAAGAAAAAACUUCGGUGAAGAGCAAUUUGAGUUGCCAUGAGGUUUCCUCAACUAAUGACGAUUUACUUGACUGUCAAAAGGGACAUUCAGCGUCCUCAGAAGAAUUUGUGUCAAAAAAGGAACAAAUUAAGGACUUUAAAAAGGAGCUUCCAGCAAUAGAGAAGACGGCCGGCGUUUGUUUUAGCAACAACGAGACUAUUUGUGGUAGCGAGAUGUUGCCGGCAAGUCAAACCUCUGAUGUCCUUGCCAAUGAGCUUCUGUCACAAGACAAUGACGCAAAAGAUUUCAAAGAAGGAGAUGGAUCAUUAAAUGUGACUGAAAAGAAAACAGAUGAUAAACUCGAUCUAAAAACUGCUAUAGAAGGUAGUUUAGAAGAUUCAGACGUAAAUUUUAGCGACAUUCCCGCGCAUGAGGAGGUUGGCUUUGCGGCAAGCAAUGAUUUGAUGGUUAACAAAGAGGACAAUCUUUCACACUCUGAUAGUAGUAAACCGUAUACCACUUGUAAACUCCAUGAAGAGUCCCUGUUGGAUAAUGAUAUAACAACAAGUGUCUCCGAAUCAAGAGUUAAAAUUGCUAAGGUUCCUUCUGAAACGUCUUGUUCAGAAUUAACUCGAGCUAUUGAGAUGGAAUCUACAAUUCCGCUUGAUCGCGCCAGAAAAAGCAAACAGACCUCGAGAGAAACUGAAGCGUCUGAAGGCAAUAUAAGUCAAACGGACCCUGAACAGAGUACAAUGCGCAAUGAUCAUUCAGCCAGUACUGGAAAUGAGAGCAGUGAUGUAAUCGAUACGAAUGCAACGACUUGUCAUGCAGCAACGGUUUCUCAAGGGACCAACGAGUCGCAGUCUUUGAAGAAUGCAGACGAGAAUUCCUCUAUUAACUCUAAAACCUCAUCCAAUUCUACUGAGAUUGGUAAUGCUGAUCCCGAAAAGAGCUGCAUCUCUACAGAGGAACCGAUGGACGUUGAUGCGACCAACCCGUCGUCUAAACAUAUCUCUUGUAAAGCUUCAUUAUCUCAGUCAAGUACUUGCAAUACUAAAGAGCAACCUAUGGAUAUUGAUGUUACCACAGCGUCAUCUUCAGAAACAGCACCUUUGACUAGUAUUGCUUUAUCAAAAAAUACAGGCCCUGGAUCUCAAUCUGCAUCGAGUAUAGAAAAGUCAACCAACUCUUCUUCAUCUACCAAUCAAGAAUCCUCAGUUCAGAAUGAUAUUGGAGCAAAAACUAACAUCGAGAGUCUUUCAGGCACUGUAACUACCGAUAUGUGUUCUACAGCAGCCUUACCUUCAGCGUCUCUGCCUUUGUCAUCUGGACCAGCUAAAACAGAAACUACAGGGGAACAGCUCCCAGAAAAAAGAACUCAAGUGAGUUGUCCCUUGCCUUCGACGACAACAAGUGUUUUACCAACAACGUCUCCACCUGUAUCGAAAUCACAACAACCUCAGGUUUUGGUAAGUGCUGUAACCCCCGCCAGUCAUUGUCCAUCUCCAGUGACUCCUGUAGCAUCAACUCUACAACCAGCAGCUGUAGUAAGUGUUAAAACAACAACCUCAUUGAGUACGCAACCUGCAGCAUCAACUGAGUCAUCUUCUACAGCCUCAGUAAGCCGGCGAGUAGUUCUUGGAGGUUCCCAAGGCAUCGCGAUGGGACAAUCACCUGUGGUCCCAUCGGCCCAGUCAGUGCCAGUCAAAGUAGUAGCUGCGUCACCCACGGUAUUAACAACAACAGUUACCAGAGGUAUUGCUCCACAGAAAACAGCCAUUACUGUACGACCACAAGGGCAAGCGAGCCAUUAUAUACCUAUAGGACCAAAGCCCAUACUCCCUUCUCCGAGGCCACCUGGUGUUGCCACUGGUGUCCAAGGAUCCAGUGUGGUGAGAAUCAGUACCCAGCCUGCAGCUGCCUCGAGGCAGCAGACUAACCUGGCUCCUGUGAAUAGCAUAGCUGCGUUGGUUGCAAGUAUUCCAACAUCUGGUGCAACCAUUGGACCAACACAGCUUAUUAAGCUAGUCACCCCGGAUGGUAAGACCUUGACCCUGCAGGGGUCGCAGCUGGCUGCUAUUGCCCAGCAGGCAGCGUCCCCAAUGGGGCUUGCUGUACCGAAGACGAUAACAGUACAAGUUGCAACAACUGCCGUGCAGCAGAAUUCACCCGCAACUGUCCAAAAGACGAUCGGCGUCAAAACACCGGGCGCCAGCAUCACUGUGCAGAGAACACAACCACAAGUUGCACUAGCAAAACCUCAAGUUGUCAUCACUGCAAAGGCUCCCCCAUCCAAAUUGGUGAAAGAGGAAAAGUUCCCAUCGUUGGAACCGCUCACCAAAGAUCCUCGUGUACUUUUGAAUCGAAGGUUAGCCAAGUGGCCGUUGCGGCACUCGGUAAAGAGCGUGUUCGCACUCCGAAAACACGAACGUCGAAAACUCGGUAGGAAAGCGGGGAUGAAAGAGGUCAAUGGAUUCUCCUACACGUCGCGGGGUGUUGUAAAACACUGGCCUGCGGGAAUACCUCGUCCUUCCUUCAAGGUGGCAUGGCGCUUCCGUACCCAGAGUUUAAAGACACUGGCUGGUGCAGGGCUCCAGCUCAGGAUUCUGCAGUCCUGUUUGAAAUGGGAAGAGAUGAAUAUCAGGCCGCCUCGUGGGAAUAGCAACACUGUGUACACAAGCUCGGGUACUACGACAACAGAGAUUACAGACAGGAAAUUCGUUUCCUUGGAUGGUCUCUGCUGCAAGUAUCUCGUGCGUAAAACCGUGCGUACUCUAACCAAACCUAUGGCAGAACCACCUCGUCCGGCCCCCACCAAGAGCAAGAGAGGUCGAACGCUGAGGCCUAAGAUUGUCCUACAGCCUGACGAUGAGGACGAGGCCUCAGUUCCGUCUGGACCGCGAAUCUUGGAAGCUUGGUACCCAGAGGCAAAGCUUGAACUUUGGGAGAUACGUCAGUAUCACGAGCGAAUCGACCGUGAGAGAGCCUUGGAACGAGAGAAGAAGGAACAGGAGGAAGCCAUCCGCAGGGCAGCGGAAAUGCGCGCCGCCGCGCUUCAACGGAAACAACAAGAACAGCAGACGCGGCAGCAACAGCAGCAUCUGCUGAAGAUGAACAAGAAAAAAGUUCAGAAUGCCAUCAAGACUCAGCAACGAAAGGGGACUGGUAACAAACCCAUUGUUGUUAAUCAGCCUGUUACUUUAAAGCCUGCUGUGACUCCACCAGUACCCCUAGGAGCUCUGCGUCGAACUCUACCCGCCGUGCGCCCCGCUGUUCCCAAGCCCUCAGGGAUCCAAUCCGCGGGAUUAAGACCGCAGAUUAUACCACGACCCACGGUUGCCAAUUCGACACAAUCUGUGCAGUGGUUACAACCCAAACCUCAGGUUUCUCAGCGUGUUCCUACUUCUGUGAUUCCAAAUAACGCGUCACGUGCUGCUGGGACUCCUCUUCAAGGCGGAUUAGCGAGUAACACAGUUACUCGCCCUGCCCCUGCAGUGCCCUUGUCCACAGUUGCCGGAGUCCGGUCCAACCCUAUGGCAACAUCCAGGAUGAAGCAUUCCUCUAAAGAUCAAGUCAAGCAGACAGUCAAGACAAAAUCUCGCAAGGGGGGAGGGGCUAUGCCCAUGUUGCAUCAUAAAAAAUAUGUGACUUUAGAAUCGAGACAAGACGUGAACAGACUUGCCAUUUGUCGAAAAGUUCUUGAUGGCAUUUUGGAUAAGAUUGAUCGAAAUGAAGAUGCUGAACGGAAAAAAGAAGAGAAAAAACGCGCAAAGGAAGAAAACCAGGCACUUAGACUGGAACGCCAGAAAGCAAACAAACUCAGUAUUUUACUUCAGAAGCGAAAGGAGGCGCUUAAACGGGAAUUGAUGCGUAAAAGGGAUCUCCUGGAGAGAGAUCUGAUAUUAGAGCUUCAGCAGCAGCAGCAGACCAUAAAGAACAAACGAAAGCAAGGGGCUACAGAGAGAAGGAACUCACAGAGUACACCAGAAGGGCCCAAGGCCAAGAAGAAGAAAAUUGAAGAAGAACGGCUCUUUUGCAUUUGUAAAAAACCCUACGACCCAUCCCAAUUUUACAUCGGAUGUGACAUGUGUGCAAACUGGUUUCACGGAAGUUGUGUCCAGAUCUCUCCAGACGUUGCACGAAGUAUGGAUGAGUGGACUUGUGCCGAGUGUGCCCAAGCUCGCCGUGGAGUGGAGGAGGAAGAACUCUAUUGUUUGUGUCGCCAGCCAUAUGACGAGAAAAAGUUCUACAUCGGCUGUGAUAAAUGCCAGGACUGGUUUCACGGAGCAUGUGUUGGAAUCACACCUGUUGAAGCUGAAAAUAUCGAGUAUUACACUUGCCCGCGGUGCACUCAGUCUCAGGCUCAAGCGAACAAGCAGCCGCUGACCGGCAAAGACUACGAUUCACUUAAACGAUUGCAUAGAUCGUUACAGAGCCAUAAAAUGGCGUGGCCUUUCCUAGAGGGUGUCAAUGCAGAUGAGGUUCCCGAGUAUUAUGACGUCAUCACUGAUCCAAUGGACUUGUCCAAAGUCGAGGAACGUCUGAAUUCCAAGUCUUACUCGUGCCUGGAAUCGUUCGUCGGUGAUGUAACCAAGAUUUUUGACAACUGCCGCUACUUCAACCAGAGAGAUUCACCGUACUACCGCUGUGCUGAAGUAUUGGAAAGCUUUUUUGUGCAAAAACUACGGGCGUUGAAAACCAGAAAAUAGACUGGUCAGCGAAUGCUUCUAUCUAAUGUUAACAGAGGUGGCUAAGAAAACUUAUCCUCCUGACUGACAAUCGGAACAAAAGUUAGCUACACACUUCGUCCUCUUGGACAGUCGUAGUGUAUAAACUGUGACGUCUUCGACAAAAACAGAAAAAAAAGGCGAUGUUCUUAAAAAAAAAAGAUGAUGAUAAAUUAGCUGAACUUGCCUUCGAUCACAGUUUGACGAAGCCAUGUAUCUGAUUGGUUAUUGUGCAAGCCAAUCAUAUAAGCAAACGCUCACAUUCCUUCUUGAGAUCAACUAUGGGUUGUAAGUUAUUUAAGGGAAGUUAAGGGGAGAUAGAAUCUUCCCCAAAGACUCAUCUUGGCGAAAAACUGUUAUUAUGGAAGGAAAAAUAGAUUAGCCUGUUAACUAUUGCCGUGCCGUGAAGGAAACUAAAGCGUCCGUAAUUGCCGAUGUCGUAAUAUUUUUGGUUUAUUGUCAAGGAGGAAAUCGUGUAGACCAACCAUCAUGUAUUAAACAAUUUGUAAUCAAA